AUGGAGCCAGAAAAACCAUUUGCAUGUACAAUACCGGAUUGUAGGAUGACAUUCACAAAUGAAGAUCAUCUUCAUGUACACACACGAAAACAUGAUAUGGUUUUACAGUUGGGUAUGGAGCAGAAGGCGGCAUUUGCUGCUGACCAGACACCAACACCCACUCGAUUUAUAAGAAAUUGUGAAGAAGUUGGUCUAUUUCAAGAUUUGCAAAAUGUUACUGUUAAUCCGUUUGAUGAAGGAUUCAAGAGGGCCAUGGAAGCCAAGCAUACAACCCUCGAAUCAUCUACAGAAGACGUUCUUCAUACUCCACACCUGACGUUUCCCUUGGAUGCUGACUGUACCAUGUACACGGCUAAUAACCAGAGAAAUAUCACAAUAAGCAGAUCGUCAAGUGACGAAUCGGGAGCUGUCAAAGAAUACGAAACGACGACAAUAUCAAAGCUAACAAACGAGGUCACAACAAUAAGUCGACUUGUGAAAGACGAAACGAAAUCUGACAAGAAAGACCACAACACAGUCUCAUACAGAAACAACGUUAUAAAAAUACAGGAAAUACGAAAAGACGGCAUCGUCAACAUCGAGAAGAACGAUAAACAAACCGACAAAAAUUGUAGAAAAGACGGGGUUGACCGAAAAAAAGACGGCCUUGACGGGAUAAAAGACGGCUUUGACGGGAUAAAAGACGGCCUUAAUGGAAAAAAAGACUGCCUCGGCGGGCACAAAGUCCCACCAAUAAUGAGUCAACAAUCUUUGGAUUUUGUAGUUGAUAGCUUAACAGCGGAGAACGAAAUUGAAAAUGAUUUAGAAGUGAUUGUCAAGUUGCCAAGUGGAAAGCGUGUGAAAAUGAAGUCCGUUCAAGAAAAUGCGAAGGAAAAGUUGAGAAAUGUGAUUCAAAAUAAAAUUAAACCUGUACCCUUGAUACCGUGCGGCACUUUAAUACCAGUAACAAUAAAACCAAGAACAUUAAUGCCAAUACCGAGAGUGAAUAGUGUUAGUGAAGUGAAAAAGCCUGUGGAUGUCUUGCAAGAGAAGAGGAUGUCUUCAUCUGCAGCUUCCAAACGAUAUAGAGAUCGUGUGAAACAGAGGAAGCAACGGGAAUAUAUUGAAAUGCAGUCCGAAAUCCAGAGACUAAAAGACGCGAAUCUGGAAUUGAGCGCUCAAGUUGAUUUGUAUGAUCAAAUAAUUAAAAAACAUUUGAAGAAAUGCCCGGCCGCUGAUGAUUUGAAAAUCUUCCAACAAGAAAUGGAGAAAAUUCAACAGACAUGA